CCCAACCCAGUAUGUCGAAGGCACAAAUUGAGCAAGGCUUGAUGGCCCAAUGUUGCAGGUAUUGUGUUGAGUUAUGUUUUCUUGCGCUUCUGAGUACUCUUCAUUAUUUGAUUUGGGGUGCUCUGGAGAAUGAGAUUGGGUGGAGCAAAUUUUGUGUGGGGGAAGAAAGGUUGAAAUGGAUUGUGUGGGAAUGGGUAGCAGUAGCAACAUUUGUGUUUGUGGGUGUUACGAUAUAUGGAGUAUUUUGUAGGAUCUCGAAGCCUCGCUUUUGUGAGCAUUAUGGUAUGAACAACUUCAAACAUUUGGAUUCCUUAUCAUCCCAGAACUGCGGCUUUCAGAAACGAGUUUUGCUGGUAGAGGACACAAAAAUCAAUCGAAUAAUUUUGCGGAAGGUUCUUGAAAGACUUAAUCUUCAUUGCGAAGAAGCAGAAAAUGGAAAGAUAGCAGUGGAUUACAUCAAACAAGGACGGACAUAUGAUCUUGUAUUGAUGGACAAAGAAAUGCCCAUCAUGGAUGGACAUGAGGCGACAAGGCAACUAAGAAGAAUGGGAGUUAAGACGCCUAUUGUUGCACUGAGUGCAAACAGUCUGCAAUCUGAUAAGGACCUUUUCUUUGAAGCUGGUGUGGACGACUUUCAAACAAAGCCUCUUUCUAGAGAGAAACUUCUCCAAUUGCUAGCUCGGUAUGGUCUUGAGAGUUCAUGUACUGAGAAAUAGAAUAAAUUGGGCUGACUACAAUGAAAAGAAACACAGUUUCAUUCUACUAUAACAGGGAUGU